GACUUUUACAUUUCAAUGACUGACUCGUCUUCUUCAUGUUGUCAGAGCAUCCUGGCUCUCAAUCCCAGGGUGAAGACUCACAGUCACAUCAUGUCCACGGCCAACAAGAAGACACAAAAGAAACACUGGAAGAGAAACCCUGAGAGGAGUUGUGGUUCCUGUGUGAAGCUGGAGAACAACUUUGAUGAUAUCAAACACACCACCCUGAGUGAGAGAGGAGCUCUGCGAGAAGCUAUGAGGUGUCUGAAAUGUGCAGAUGCUCCCUGUCAGAAGAGCUGUCCCACCAACUUGGACAUCAAAUCAUUUAUUACAAGCAUCGCAAACAAGAACUACUACGGAGCGGCGAGGUCCAUCCUGUCUGACAACCCACUGGGUCUGACGUGUGGAAUGGUGUGUCCCACGUCAGAGUUGUGUGUGGGGGGCUGCAACCUGCACGCCUCUGAGGAGGGGCCCAUCAACAUCGGGGGCCUGCAGCAGUUUGCCACUGAGGUGUUUAAUAAGAUGGGCGUCCCUCAGAUCAGAAACCCUGAGUUAGCGCCACCCCAUGAGAUGGCACAGUCCUACCAUGCACCCAUCGCCCUGAUUGGGUGUGGCCCUGCUUCUAUCAGCUGUGCCUCCUUUCUCGCCCGCCUUGGAUACGAUGACAUCACCAUCUUUGAGAAGCAGAAAUACACCGGAGGGUUAAGCACAUCAGAAAUCCCCCAGUUCCGCCUUCCUUAUGAGGUAGUGCAGUUUGAGAUCGACCUGAUGAAGGACCUGGGAGUCAAGGUGGUGUGUGAGAAGGGUCUUGGUGUAGACGGAAUGACUCUGACUUCUCUGAAACAACACUACCAGGCUGUCUUCAUUGGAAUUGGUCUCCCCCAGGCCAACAGAGCACAAAUCUUCCAGGGUUUGACCAUGGACCAAGGCUUCUUCACUUCCAAAGACUUCCUGCCCAUGGUGGCCACGGCCAGCAAGAGCGGUAUGUGUCAGUGCCGCUCUUCUCUGCCCGCCUUACGGGGAGUGGUGAUAGUCCUGGGGGCUGGCGACACCGCCUUUGAUUGCGCCACCUCCGCCAUCCGCUGCGGCGCCAAGAGAGUGUUUGUCUGCUUCAGGAAGGGAUUCACCAACAUCAGAGCAGUUCCUGAGGAGAUGGAGUUGGCUAAGGAGGAGCGCUGCGAGUUCCUCCCCUUCCUGUCUCCCCGGGAGGUCAUCAUGAAGAACGGGCGGGUCGCCGGCUUGCAGUUUUGUCGCAGCGAGCAGACCGAGGACGGCGACUGGUUGGAGGACGAGGACCAAGUAGUGAGGCUGAAGGCCGACUACAUCAUCAGCGCCUUUGGGUCCAUGCUCAGCGAGCCCACAGUGAGCCACGCCAUGGCCCCGCUCAAGCUGACUCGCUGGGGCACGCCCGAGGUGAACGGCGAGACCAUGCAGACCAGCGAGUCCUGGGUGUUUGCCGGGGGAGACAUUGCCGGACUGGCAAACACCACGGUGGAGUCGGUGAACGACGGCAAGCAGGCCUCCUGGCAUAUCCACAGAUACCUUCAGUCCUUGCAUGGCCAGACGGUGGAGGCCGUUCCAAAGCUGCCAUUGUUCUACUGCGCCAUCGACCAAGUGGACAUCAGUGUGGAGGUGUGCGGAAUCAACUUUCCCAACCCCUUUGGCCUGGCCUCUGCUCCUCCCACUACCACGGCGGCCAUGAUCCGAAGAGCUUUUGAACAAGGAUGGGGCUUCGCACUGACCAAGACCUUUGGACUGGAUAAAGACCUGGUGACUAACGUGUCUCCUCGCAUUGUGCGCGGCACCACCUCUGGUCACAUGUACGGACCUGGUCAAGGAUCCUUCCUGAACAUUGAGCUGAUCAGUGAAAAGACCGCAGCCUACUGGUGCCAGUCAGUUGCUGAGCUCAAGAGGGAUUUCCCACAAAAUGUGGUGAUCGCCAGCAUCAUGUGCAGCUACAACAAGGAGGACUGGACACAACUGGCCAAGAUGGCUGAGGAAUCUGGAGCGGAUGCCUUGGAGUUGAACCUGUCCUGUCCUCAUGGCAUGGGAGAGAGAGGCAUGGGAUUGGCGUGUGGGCAGGACCCCGUGUUGGUGCGUAACAUCUGUCGCUACGUGCGAGCCGCCACCUCCAUACCCUUCUUUGCCAAACUGACACCCAACGUUACCAACAUUGUGGACAUUGCCAAGGCCGCGCAGGAAGGUGGAGCAGAUGGUGUUACAGCCACAAACACAGUCUCAGGUUUGAUGGGACUGAAGGCAGACGGCUCGCCCUGGCCAGGUGUUGGAGCUGGCAAACGCAGCACGUACGGAGGAGUGUCAGGUAAUGCCAUCAGACCCAUUGCUCUUAGAGCUGUCUCCGCCAUUGCAAGAGCACUUCCGGGCUUCCCAGUUCUGGCCACUGGAGGGAUUGACUCUGCAGAAUCUGGCUUACAGUUUCUUCACGCUGGUGCAUCAGUGCUACAGGUGUGCAGUGCCAUCCAGAACCAGGACUUUACCUUGAUUGAGGACUACUGUGUGGGUUUGAAGACCUUGCUGUACUUGAAGAGCCUUGACCUAAAAGACUGGGAUGGUCAGUCUCCUCCAACAGAGAGACACCAGAGGGGGAAACCUGUUCCAAAACUGGGAGACAUGGUUGGACAGAGUCUCCCCAGUUUUGGGCCCUACCUCCAGAAGAGGACUGAGGUCAUCGCUCAGCACAAGAAAGAUCUCAUAGGUGUCAGCAGUGCAGAUGUCAUGGAAGCCAACGUCACAAAAAGCGGAGCGCCGAAGAAACCAGUUCCAGCUGUCAAGGACGUGAUAGCAAGAGCGCUGCGCUACAUUGGAGCGUACCAAGACCUGAGCAAUAUGGAGCAGGUCCAGGCUGUGAUAGAUGAAGAGAUGUGUAUCAAUUGUGGGAAAUGCUACAUGACCUGCAACGACUCGGGCUAUCAGGCUAUUACCUUCGAUCCAGAGACCCACCUUCCGGCUGUAAAUGACAGCUGUACCGGGUGCACUCUGUGCCUGAGUGUCUGUCCAAUCAUAGACUGCAUCAAGAUGGUUACCAGGGCAACCCCCUACCAGCCCAAGAGGGGUGUGCCCGUUAGUCCUGUCUGUUGAAGGACAAGAGUCGACUAAAAUAUCACCUUAGACGUAGUUUGUUGUCGUAAUAUGUCACAGUGCAGUCGUCCCUCGUUUAGCCCAACCAAUUACUUCCAGGCCUGAUUGUUGUAAACGAACUUCUGCAAAGUAGGAUUCAUUUUAAUUGACCUAAUAUUGUCAAAGUUUACGACAAUCUAAAUAAGCUUUUUAACAUAAUUACAGCCCUUUAAGCAUGAAAAUAACACCCAUAUAGUCACCUUUACACCCGUUCACCCAAUAUAGUAGCCUUGAUUACAGUACUCUCUGGUAAUGCACAAUAUGGCCGUUGCCCGGCUGGUAAAACACGGCCAGGAUGUUAAAGUACUUUGUCACGGCCCGGAUAAUUCAUCUAAGUUAGAAGUGAACUUCCAUGUGCUGAAACCGUUGAUCAACUUGACUCUCCUAGCUACCAUCUGUAGCUUUUGUUGUUAGCAUUCAGUCUUGUUGACAUUCCACAUUGAUCCCGUCAAGGCUGUUACUGAUGUCAAAUUAAAGAGGUCCUCUCGCUUAGUUGUUGAUUGUGGAAAGCAGUCUUGUUAGCGUGAAUGUUGCGCAGUCUGAUGCUACGACAUCGCUCGCGCAAAAGUCUCGUCCAUGUGGAGAUGUUUUAUUAUUUUUUAUUAUUGAUGAGACAGGAGUUGAAGACGGAGUUGAAGACGGAGUUGAAGACGGAGUUGAAGACGGAGUCGGUCACAAAGUCGUUAAAAGUUGGUCAACUUGAUUUUGGUGGUGAAUAUACUGUAGCGCCAGGAUUAGCCGCUUGUGUUGUUGUUAGCAGUGUUCACCGCAGCAUAUUAAUGGAAAACCACCAAAAUUUGAUGGGCCUGCUAUCUGUGCCCUGAACCUCCGGCCGGGGUGGAAGCCGGCGUACGUCUAGGACGGAGCACGGUAUCCAAAUCCAGGAUUUUUAGGUUCAAACAUACGAAAUAAGAAAAAAAAAAGCUAGUAUAAAACGGUUGCAUGCCAACAUUAGCGUGCUAAUUUAAGAGACGUUAGCAUACUAGCAAGACGGUGGCAAGUUAAAAAAAUCAUGAUGUUUAAGUUAAACCAUUAGCUACAAAGCUAGCAAAAACGUUAGCAUGCUAAAACAUGACCGGGUAAUAAGAAUUAUUUUUUAAAAAGCUAGCAUAAAUCAUUAGCAUGCUAACACUUUGCAGCAGUGAAUGGAGGCUUGCAUUGCAGCAGGCCCAUAAUGAGACAAAUGCUGCACUAUAAUAAUGCAGGCCCAUAAUGAGACUAAUGCUGCAUUAUAAUAAUGCAGGCCCAUAAUGAGACUAAUGCUGCACUAUAAUAAUGCAGGCCCAUAAUGAAACUAAUGCUGCACUAUAAUAAUGCAGGCCCAUAAUGAGACAAAUGCUGCACUAUAAUAAUGCAGGCCCAUAAUGAGACAAAUGCUGCACUAUAAUAAUGCAGGCCCAUAAUGAGAUAAAUGAUGCACUAUAAUAAUGCAGGCCCAUAAUGAAACUAAUGCUGCACUAUAAUAAUGCAGGCCCAUAAUGAGACAAAUGCUGCACUAUAAUAAUGCAGGCCCAUAGUGAGACAAAUGCUGCACUAUAAUAAUGCAGGCCCAUAAUGAGACUAAUGCUGCACUAUAAUAAUGCAGGCCCAUAAUGAGACAAAUGCUGCACUAUAAUAAUGCAGGCCCAUAAUGAGACAAAUGCUGCACUAUAAUAAUGCAGGCCCAUAAUGAAACUAAUGCUGCACUAUAAUAAUGCAGGCCCAUAAUGAAACUAAUGCUGCACUAUAAUAAUGCAGGCCCAUAAUGAAACUAAUGCUGCACUAUAAUAAUGCAGGCCCAUAAUGAGACAAAUGCUGCACUAUAAUAAUGCAGGCCCAUAGUGAGACAAAUGCUGCACUAUAAUAAUGCAGGCCCAUAAUGAGACUAACGCUGCACUAUAAUAAUGCAGGCCCAUAAUGAGACAAAUGCUGCACUAUAAUAAUGCAGGCCCAUAAUGAGAUAAAUGAUGCACUAUAAUAAUGCAGGCCCAUAAUGAAACUAAUGCUGCACUAUAAUAAUGCAGGCCCAUAAUGAGACAAAUGCUGCACUAUAAUAAUGCAGGCCCAUAGUGAGACAAAUGCUGCACUAUAAUAAUGCAGGCCCAUAAUGAGACUAAUGCUGCACUAUAAUAAUGCAGGCCCAUAAUGAGACAAAUGCUGCACUAUAAUAAUGCAGGCCCAUAAUGAGACAAAUGCUGCACUAUAAUAAUGCAGGCCCAUAAUGAAACUAAUGCUGCACUAUAAUAAUGCAGGCCCAUAAUGAAACUAAUGCUGCACUAUAAUAAUGCAGGCCCAUAAUGAAACUAAUGCUGCACUAUAAUAAUGCAGGCCCAUAAUGAGACAAAUGCUGCACUAUAAUAAUGCAGGCCCAUAGUGAGACAAAUGCUGCACUAUAAUAAUGCAGGCCCAUAAUGAGACUAACGCUGCACUAUAAUAAUGCAGGCCCAUAAUGAGACAAAUGCUGCACUAUAAUAAUGCAGGCCCAUAAUGAGACAAAUGCUGCACUAUAAUAAUGCAGGCCCAUAAUGAGACAAAUGCUGCACUAUAAUAAUGCAGGCCCAUAAUGAAACUAAUGCUGCACUAUAAUAAUGCAGGCCCAAAAUGAGACAAAUGCUGCACUAUAAUAAUGCAGGCCCAUAAUGAAACUAAUGCUGCACUAUAAUAAUGCAGGCCCAUAAUGAAACUAAUGCUGCACUAUAAUAAUGCAGGCCCAUAAUGAAACUAAUGCUGCACUAUAAUACAUAAGUAAGGCUUACUCUAACCCCACAUUUAGGACAGAAACAUGUAGAAUAUGCUUUAAAAGUAAGUUGCAAGGGACGACUGUACUGCAGUAAUGUUUGGAGGGACUAAAACUAAGCUUUAUUUUAUGUUGUCUUUUUAUUUCCAAUUAACAUCCUGGAAUGUGCUCUUCUCAUCAAGUCUCCAUAAAACUAUUUUCAUGGGAAACAUUGUUACACAUCAAAGCUGCAUCUCCUCUUGUAUGCAGUAAAACACUAAGACUUGUAUGCAGUAAAAGACUAAGACUUGUAUGCAGUAAAAGACUAAGACUUGUAUGCAGUAAAAGACUAAGACUUGUAUGCAGUAAAAGACUAAGACUUGUAUGCAGUAAAAGACUAAGACUUGUAUGCAGUAAAAGACUAAGACUAGUAUGCAGUAAAAUACUAAGACUUGUAUGCAGUGUACAAGACUAAGACUUGUAUGCAGUAAAAGACUAAGACUUGUAUGCAGUAAAAGACUAAGACUUGUAUGCAGUAAAACACUAAGACUUGUAUGCAGUAAAACACUAAGACUUGUAUGCAGUAAAAGACUAAGACUUGUAUGCAGUAAAAGACUAAGACUUGUAUGCAGUAAAAGACUAAGACUAGUAUGCAGUAAAAUACUAAGACUUGUAUGCAGUAAAAGACUAAGACUUGUAUGCAGUAAAAGACUAAGACUUGUAUGCAGUAAAAGACUAAGACUUGUAUGCAGUAAAAGACUAAGACUAGUAUGCAGUAAAAUACUAAGACUUGUAUGCAGUAAAAGACUAAGACUUGUAUGCAGUAAAAGACUAAGACUUGUAUGCAGUAAAAGACUAAGACUAGUAUGCAGUAAAAGACUAAGACUUGUAUGCAGUAAAAGACUAAGACUUGUAUGCAGUAAAAGACUAAGACUUGUAUGCAGUAAAAGACUAAGACUUGUAUGCAGUAAAAGACUAAGACUUGUAUGCAGUAAAAGACUAAGACUUGUAUGCAGUAAAAGACUAAGACUUGUAUGCAGUAAAACACUAAGACUUGUAUGCAGUAAAAGACUAAGACUUGUAUGCAGUAAAAGACUAAGACUUGUAUGCAGUAAAAGACUAAGACUUGUAUGCAGUAAAAGACUAAGACUUGUAUGCAGUGUACAAGACUAAGACUUGUAUGCAGUAAAAGACUAAGACUUGUAUGCAGUAAAAGACUAAGACUUGUAUGCAGUAAAACACUAAGACUUGUAUGCAGUAAAAGACUAAGACUUGUAUGCAGUAAAAGAUGCCACUAAUCCCUUCUUAGUUAUGCAAAUAAUGUGUACUCAUGAAGAUGUUUGAGCAGCACCACAUGUGCCAAUUAGUGGUUUAAUUGUUCAUGUGCCAAUUAGUGGUUUAAUUGUUCAUAGUAGUAAUGUUAGUAGAAAUGAUUGAAGUUACAAUUCUACCAAUCAAAGCUGUUGAUGAAAAAUGAUUUACUGUGCAUUGAUUAUUUUGGAGAUAUUAUUGGGCCUAAUUGAGUUUUAUGUCAGAUGCUAGAAUUUCCUUGUGAAGUAAUAAAGUAUCUAACCUGA